AUGUCCGACGGCGCAUCUACGACCGAGCCAAUUAUGAGCGCACCUGAGUUUCCCGAGUACAAGCCGGGCGAGUUCUCUAUUGAUGAGUACAGGACUAUCAAGGUUGUCUGUAUUGGCGCGGGCUUCAGCGGCAUUGCUGCAGGAAUUCGGUUUCCGCAAAAGGUACCCAAUGUGAAUCUGACGAUAUAUGACAAGAAUCCAGCAGUGGGCGGUACUUGGUACCUGAACAAGUACCCCGGCCUGGCUUGCGACCUUCCUUCCCACACUUACCAAUAUACCUUUGAAGAAAAUACUGACUGGUCGGCAUUCUAUGCCCCUGGUCCCGAGAUCCGUGCUUACCUCGAACGCGUCGCGGACAAAUACAAAGUGCACAAGUAUCUCAAGCUAUCGCACGAGCUCACAGGCGCGUACUGGGACGCGCAGAAUUCACAGUGGCGCCUGACGCUCAGGCGACCUUCCCCGAACUCCACGCCAGAGAAUCCGCAGUAUGAGGAUAUUGAAGACACGGCGGACGUGCUGUUCACGAGUCUCGGUUCACUUGGCCGAUGGAGUUGGCCGGACAUCGCAGGACUGUCCGAUUUCAAGGGUCGGGUGCUGCACAGCGCGCAAUGGGACGUUACUGACGGCCAUUGGGAAGAGGGCGUACGUGAUUGGGGGGACAAGAAGGUCGGAGUAAUUGGCGUGGGAAGUUCCGCGAUUCAGAUUGUGCCCGCGCUGCAACCGAAGGUGAAACAGGUAGUGAAUUUUGUGCGCGGGAAGACAUGGCUCGCGACACCGUUCUCGGGCGAGAAGAUGGCGGAGCUGUUGAAGCUCAAUCCCGGUGCUACGAACUAUAAGUUCACCGCACAGGACAAGAAACGCUUCAAGGAAGACCCGGAGUUUUACAGGAACUUCCGACACGAGCUGGAAGCUGAUUUGAACUCCAUCCACGGCGUGACGCUGCGAGGGAGUACGCAGCAGCAAGGUGCUCGCGAGGCGUUCAAGGAGAACAUGAAGAAAAGAUUGGGGAAGAAGCCAUGGAUAGCGGAGCACAUUAUCCCCGAUUUUCCGGUCGCGUGCCGCCGACUGACGCCCGGGCCCGGAUAUCUCGAGGCGCUGUGCGAGGAUAAUGUGACGUUUGAGACGUCGGAGAUUAAGCGGGUGACGCCGACCGGGAUUGAGAUGGCGGACGGGCGACACUACGAGCUGGACGUGAUCGUCUGCGCGACGGGCUUCGACACGUCCUUCAAGUACCCGUUCCCCUUCGUCGGACGCGACGGAGUCACCCUACAGGACAAGUUCACGCCUCACCCGAAAACAUACUUGGGCAUUUGCGUCGACGGGUUCCCCAACUGGUUCCAGAGCCUUGGGCCAAACUCGUUUGUUGGCUCGGGGAGUUUGGUGUUGAUUAUCGAGCGGCAACUGGAGUAUUGCGUGCAGGCGACGCUGAAGAUGCAGAGGGAAAGACUUCGGAGUAUGGAGGUGAAAAAGGCAGCGGUGGACGACUUUGAUGAGUAUUUGGAGGCGUAUUUUGCGAAAACCGUUUUCAGCCAGAAGUGUCGAUCCUGGUAUAAGAUGGGCAAGGAGGAGGGCCGCGUAGUUGGUCUCUGGCCCGGAUCAUGUCUGCAUGCAGCCCGCACACUGGCACAUCCUCGCUGGGAAGACUUCGAUUAUACCCUGUUGGAGCCCAUCAAGAAUAGGUUCCACUGGCUUGGGGACGGGCAGACGUAUAACGAGAAGACCAAUUCAGGCGAUCGUGCUUGGUACUUGAGCCCAGAAGAAGUGGACAUACCACCUGUUCCCAAAGAUUAG